UUUACAGGGCAGAGAAGAGAAGACCUCUCUCUUUCUCUCUCUCUCUCUCGCGCCGGCUGCUUAUCUAUCUGUAAGUAUAUGUGUAUCUAUAUGCGGUGGUGCCUGCCUGUGUCAGAAGCGAGUCCCAGCUCCCAUGUCUGCAUCAAUCAUGGAGUGAAGGAGUGAGAAAGUGUAAAAUUCGCAUCAAUUAUACACUCUGUUUCCCCUUUUGUUUAAUUUGUUUGUUUAUUAAUUUUUCUCAGAAAACAAUCAUCGAAAUCUGUCGAUAGACCCUUGCCCAUGUUCGGCGACCAGACCAGAUGUUUGGACGCUAGCCAACUUCUUUCCUACUUGUCUGCGCCUGUGCGAUUCCUUUUUUUUCUUCUGUUUAAUUUCUGGACUACUUCCGAUGUGUACCUGAAUCAUCUGCAUUGUGCUUUUGAGCCGUACCAAUCAGAGGAUUGUUUUCAUUUUUUUUUUUACUUUUUUUUGUGAAUUUUGUUUGGGGGAGGGAAGGAGAGGUUGUUAGUUCUACGCUUUUGGAUUGUCAGAUUCGGGCGUGUUUCGAUUGCUUCGAAUUUAAUGUUGGAACUGAAUGAAUUUAAUGCCCUCGAUAAUUUUAGCCCCUUCUUUUCUGGAUUAGGGCAAACCUUUUUUCAUCAAUCGUGUUGACUGUAGCUGUAGCUCCUCGGUUGAAUCUUUGGAUUGAUUUCUUUGGCGAUUCGGUGCCAGUGACGCAUCGGAUUGGGUCAGCUUCGAGCUAUAUCUUUCUUGGAGGAAGCUGUGGGUUUCUGAUCUGUCUGUUCUUCAUACAUUUUCGAAGGAUUUAGCUUUAUUGCAGAGAAUCUGGAGAAUUUGCAAUCUAGGUUUAGUUUUUCCCUUUUCCAAGUGAUGAUGCGUUAGGGUUAGAGAUUGUGAAUAAUGGCGACUUUGGUUCCCGGAGUUCUGUUGAAGCUACUGCAGCAUAUGAACACAGAUGUGAAAGUUGCAGGAGAGCAUCGAUCUUCAUUACUGCAGGUGGUGAGCAUUGUUCCUGCACUGGCAGGAGGUGAGCUCUUCCCCAACCAAGGGUUUUAUCUGAAGGUAUCCGAUUCCUCUCACGCUACAUAUGUAUCGCUGCCUGAUGAACACGAUGAUCUGAUUCUUAGUGACAAGAUUCAGUUGGGGCAAUUCAUUCAUGUGGAUAGGCUGGAGGCCGCCUCCCCGGUGCCGAUUAUGAGAGGGGUUAGGCCGGUGCCUGGCCGGCAUCCUUGCGUGGGAACCCCCGAAGAUAUUGUUGCUACUCAUUCGUUGGGAUUCCUCAACAAUAAUGCCGAUUCGUCUUCGCGGAUGAAAAUUAUGGAUAAAAGCAAGUCAGGAUCGAGGCUUGAUGCAGCAGUGAAGGAUGUUAAAGUUAAGCCUUCCCCGUCGAGAUUGAAUGGUGGUUUGAAGGAUGAUAAGCCUGAGAAGAGAACUCCUGUGCUGACUCGAUCGAAAUCUCAGCUGUCGAAGCUGGCUGUGUCUUUGGAUGUGAAGAAGGACUUUGCUGGGAAAUUGAAGUCUGGGUCUGGGUCUAGGUCGAUACCUACUUCCCCGACUAGUUGUUAUUCGCUGCCUACUUCGUUUGAGAAGUUUUCUAAUGGGAUAAAGCACCAGGCAAAGAUUAAAGGAUUGGAUAGAAUGGAAAAGGCAAGUGCUAAUGUGGGGUCGAAAGAAAAGCAAAGCCCAGUUCGCGGGGUGAGCUCGAUUGGGAAGAAGCUUCCGAAUAUGAAUCUAGUGAAGAAUAUUGUUCAGGGAUUUGAAUUAGGUCCUAAAGCCUUGAGAAAAAGCUGGGAAGGGAACAUGGAUGCCAAGAGUAGGGAAAGUCCUAGAUUGAAAGUUAACAAGCAGGAGAUGAAGUCGGAGGGUCGAAGUAAUUCUGCACCGAGGAAAUCAACAAGUGAAAAGUUGCCAACUAAAGAAGAUUCUAAAAGCAUAUCUUCAAAAUCCGCUAGAGAGGAAAGUAAAGUAAAUUCGUCUGGGAAAAAGGCUUCGAUCAAUGGAGAUACUCCUGAAAGUGCUAAAUCAACUACGCGAUCUUCUGUUGGAAAGAAGUCAUCUGGAGAUGCUGCUAAUCAUGGAUUUCCAGGAAAUUUGGUCAAGGUUUCUGUUGGCAGUCGGAGACUAACAGAUGCAAGUGUUGCAUGGGCCUCAUUGCCAUCUUCUCUUUCAAAGCUUGGGAAGGAAGUCCUGAAGCACAGAGACUCUGCACAGACAGCUGCUGUAGAAGCAAUGCAAGAAGCUUCCAUUGCGGAAACUCUGCUUCGAUGCUUGAGUACAUAUUCCGAGCUUCGCUCGUCUGCAAAAGAAGACAAUCCACAGCCUGCGGUGGAGCAAUUCUUAUCGCUACAUUCAAGCUUGAACAAAGCUCAUCUUGUUGCAGAUUCCUUGUCCAAAACCCUCUGCGUCGACUCCUCAGAUAAUGAAGAAAACCAGUCGGAAGAAGCAUUGAAGGUCACAUCCGACGGACGGAAAUCAGCCGCUUCUUGGGUCAAUGCCGCAUUAGCCACCAACUUGUCAUCCUUUACAGUCUACACCAAACCAGUCCACAAUGGCCCAGGCGCAGCGUCGUCUCCUACACCAGGUCAAAAAAUUAAUCAACCCGUUAUAGUCCUAGAAAAUGCAGCAGCCAAGAAUGCGCCUCCGAAAACAGCAACAAAACUUCGUCAAACAACAAAUUCGAAGAACUCUACGCGCAGGCCAAGUGACGGACCGGCAGCUAGCCAGAGUGCAAGAAGUUCUCCUCCGAUCGAAUGGGCCAAGGGAGACGGGCUCGAUGAGGCUGUGGAGCUAUCAGAAAUGCUGCAGUCGGAGUCGCAGGAUUGGUUCUUGAGAUUCGUGGAGCGGUUCUUGGAUGCAGAUGUGGACACCUCGUCUGCUCUGUCGGAUAAUGGUCAGAUAGCCGGAAUGCUGAGCCAGCUCAAGAGCGUCAACGACUGGUUGGAUGAGAUCGGGACGGGGAAGGAAGAUGAAACGCCGCACAUAUCAACGGAGACCGUCGAUCGGAUAAGGAAGAAGAUUUACGAGUAUCUUUUGACACAUGUGGAAUCAGCUGCAGCGGCACUUGGCGGCGGCGCACAGUCGUCGUUGUCGCCUCCGGCGAUGUCGACGACAAAUAAUGAGACAAAAGGAAGAAGGUGAGAGAUGGGGAUUAUUGAUAUAUAAGAAAAAAGUGGGAUUGAAUAUGGUGUGUUUGUUUGAAUACUGCCAAGCAGUGGAAGAAGAAGAAGAAGGCACAAAAGAUACAAUAGAUUUUUACAUUUACAUUUGAAUAUAUUGGAUCAUGUUCUUGUGUAUAUACAGCAGCUUUGAUGCAACCAACAAAAAAAAAGAUUGAUUGAUUGAUUGAUUGA